AUGCUCUUCGUUACUCUGCUCGGACUUGUCGCACUUCCAACAGCGUUGGCCAAAGUCACGCCAGUCGUCGGAACGCAAUGCUCGAAGAAUCAAGUUAUUCGCAAAAUCACAGUGUACGAGGAUGGAGCGUUAGAAGCUGAAUGUGGUCCAGUUCCAUGCGGUGAAGUUGGAAGACGAUGCAUUGAGGAUCAAACUGCUUGCCGAGCUGACACCGACGUCUUCUCCGGAAUGCGAUGGGCGCCGAACGGCGAGAGCAUUCUUCUUCGCUGCUGCACAAUGAAGGCCAAGAAUAAGAUUUACGUGGGAACUGACGUCGUCUCGGCGGGAAGCUUCUACGAGGGAGGCGCUGUCGCUGAGAAGGACUUGUACUCGCAGAAUGGCGGAGCUGAGUACGACUUCAUCGCCAACGCGCGCACUGAGCAGGGUGGAGUCCGCGUGUGGGUUUAUCGAAUGAUUUGCGAUAAGGGUGAGAAGCCAGUCAAUUUUGAGCCAAUUACUACCACCACUGCUGCUCCACUUCCAGUUGAAAAGGUCACUGAAGCUUCCGUGAAAGCUACAACGACCACAGAAGAAGCUGCUGUUGAGGAAGAAGAGGAUGACAAUGAAGAGGAGACUGCUGAGCAGAAUGACACCGAGGACCAAACAGCCACCGAAGACGAGAAGGCUGAGGAAGAAGGCGAGGAGGAAGAGGAGGAAGAGGAAGAGCCAACUACUCCUGAGCCAAAGCCAUUCAACCCACUUCGUUACCGACCUCCACAUCUUCCGCGAUCAUCGACAGGCGUUCGAAGGGCCUAA